AUGGCAUUUUCAACAGGAAGAGGAGGUGCAGGAAACAUAAAGACUUCCAGUACCAUAACAAGUGAGAAUAAUGAUUUGACACAUAUAAAAUCCAAAUCCCCACCAACAGAUGGCCACCAUAUCGUUAAUGGUGACAAGAAAUUCUACUACGCUACAGGCAGGGGAGGAGCUGGAAACAUCAAAUCAUCAGACUCUAUUCCAUCACCCAAAUUAGUACCUCAAGGAUCAAAUACCCCACAACUUCAUGGAGAAAAGAUCACCACGGGUAGAGGUGGAUAUGGUAAUAUGUUUAAAAACAGCGACCCAGAGCUUACCAGAAAGCUUCAAGAUGUUGACGGUUCAUCUAAGAAGAAGGUUGAAAAUGAAUUACAUCAAGUUACCUCCAAUAAGUCUUUCUCUGUAGGCAGAGGAGGUUUUGGAAACGUGAUCUCAAACACCAAAUCACGAACCAGUCAAAAUUCUGGGAGAUCCAGCGAUAACCACCCAAAUAACUUGAUGGCCAUCUCCAGUCAUGGAAACAAUCAUAAAAUAACAGAGCAUGAAGAUGAAGGUAAUUAUGACAUAAAGAAGAAGAAGUCAUUUAUGGGCAAAUUGAAAGGAAUAUUUCAAACUUAG